AUGUCCAUGGACGACGUCAUCCGGGGCAAGGCCGCCCUCAUCACCGGCGCUGGUUCAGGCAUCAACCUCGCCUUCGCCCGCCUCCUCCUCGAGAGCGGCUGCUCCGUCAUCAUCGGCGACCUCGCCCUCCAGCCCGAAGCCCAAGCCCUCGUCGACCAGUACACCCCUUCUUCUCCUGCUUUUUCUUCUUCUUCCCCUCCUCCCCCUGCUUCUUCUUCUUCUGCAACAACAACGUCAACAACAUCUUCCUCCUCCUCCCCCCUCCCGUCGCCGCCGCCGCCGCCCCCAUCGCAGCAGCAGCAACGCCCCCGCGCCCUCUUCCACCGCACCGACGUCUCCUCCUUCCCCCAGCUCACCUCCCUCUUCUCCUUCGCCGCCACCACCUUCCCCCACACCCUCACCAUCGUCGUCGCCGGCGCGGGAAUCUUCGAGCCCCCCUGGUCCACCUUCUGGAGCCCCCCGCGCACCGACUCCAACCCGCUCUCCCCCUCGCGCGACGACGCGGCCGCAGAGCCUGGCGCCUUUGCCGCCCUCUCCAUCAACCUCGUCCACCCCAUCCGCCUCGCCCAGCUCGCCCUCGCGCACUGGACGCGCAACGGCAUGACUGCUGCCACCGUCGCCGCCAAUACUGCUACCACCGCCCCCGCCGCGAAUGGGACGACGCCCAACGGUCACAACAACAACAACCACCACCACCACCGCCACCCCCCUACCUUUGUCGCCGUGAGCAGCAUCGCUGGCCACACCGCCUCCCCCGCCUACCCGCUCUACUUUGCCAGCAAGUAUGGCCUGCACGGCUUCGUCCGCUCCAUGGGCAUGCUGCGGGACGCUGUGGGCGUUCGCUUCGGUGCCGUCGCCCCGGGCGCUGUCAAGACGCCCAUCUUCGACAACGACCCCUCCAAGGCCAACCUCGCCAGCGGCACCGUCAACUGGCUCCCCGCGUCCGACGUCGCCCGUGCCAUGCUCCGCCUCGUCGUCGACCCGGCCCUCGGCGACGGCACCAUCCUCGAGGUCCUCCACUCGGGCUCCCGCGUCGUGCCCCUCUUCAACGCCGACCCUCCCGAGGCCCUCGACCAGAUGCUCCCCGCCCUGCGCAGCGAGGUCCAGCUGCUGGCCGAGAAGCUCGCCUCCAACCAGUUUGCCGUCUAA